UCUGUUGCUAUCGCGACGAGACCGAAAAUCAAUGCGCGCCAAAGUCGCUCAGAAACACCCAAAUCAAAACAAACCUCGCCAGAAAUCAUAAUAAUGUGCUACCAGAGAAAUGGCUAAAGCUUGAGAAGAAUACUCGGCUGGUUUCCUAAACCUUAAGCGGAAGAAAAAGUUACGUCGACAGACCUAAGAAAUUUGUCGCAGACGGUCAAAUGAAUGAGUAGGGUUUUUAUGAACGGACUAUGAAUGUUCAGCGAAGGGUGAGCUACAACGCCUUUAGCGUCUUCGACGAACUAAGGAAGAACGGGCAGCUUUGCGAUGUGGUGCUUCGGUGUGAGAAUCAAGACUUUCCCAGCCACAGAAAUAUUCUGGCAGCCUGCAGCCCCUACUUCAGAGCCCUGUUCACCAACGGCAUGCACGAGACUCAGGAGCGAGUGGUGAACAUCCCUAACACCAAAGCCAACCUGCUGGCGCUCAUCCUAGACUACGCCUACACCAGACAGGUCAAGAUUACAGCCGAGAAUGUGGAGGAAUUGCUGCCGGCUGCUGACCAAUUCAACGUUGGAGGUCUGGUCCACCUCUGCAGCGAGUUUCUCAUCAACCACCUGGGGCCCGACAACUGCAUCGGCAUCUGGCGUUUUGCCAAGAUGUACUUCUGCUUCAAGCUGCAGGAGACGGCCUUCAUGUUCAUCCUUGUCCACUUUGAGGAGAUUGUGCUGCUUCCUGAGUCCGAAGAGUUCCUGUCUCUGACCGUGGACGAGCUGGUGGAGCUGCUGUAUGAGGAUCAGCUCAAUGUGAAGAUGGAGGAGUACGUCUUCGAAGCGGUUCUGAGAUGGAUUCGUUUCAAAGAGGCGGACCGUAAAGCCUUCAUGCCUCGCCUCCUGAUGAACAUACGCCUCGGCAUGACCAACACGGACUACUUCAUGAACAACAUUAAGGCGCAUCCGUACGUCAAGAACAACGACCUGUGUAAACCGGUCAUUGUCCAAACCAUCAACUACACGUACAAUUUCGACGCCACGGCGGGCUCUGUGGGACCAAGCAAAGUGGUAUCCCGCCCACGUCUACCAUACAAAGUCCUAUUUGCCGUGGGCGGCUGGAGCGGCGGCAGCCCGACCAGCGCCAUCGAGUGCUACGACACGCGGGCCGACCGGUGGGUCAUGCUGGAUACAGUCAACAACAGACCCAGGGCCUACAUGGGCGUGGCGGUGCUAGGACACAAUCUCUUCGUUAUUGGUGGGUUCGACAGCAACCAGUAUUUCAACAGCGUGCGGAUGUUGGAGCCUCAGACCCGUGUCUGGAAGGAGGUUGCUCCGAUGCAUUCCCGGCGAUGUUACGUCAGCGUGGCCGUGCUGGGUGGUCACAUCUAUGCCAUGGGAGGUUUUGACGGCCAUACGAGGCUGCGAUCCGUAGAAAGAUACGAACCGGAGACGAACCAGUGGUCUCUGAUCCAGUCCAUGAACCAUCACCGCAGCGACGCCUCGGCCUGCGCGGUGGGCGGCUGUAUCGUCAUCGUCGGCGGCUUUAACGGCAAUGAGUGCCUCAACACCACGGAGUUGUACGACCCUGAGGCCCGGGAAUGGCGCGAUCUGCCCCGUAUGGGAAGCCGAAGGAGCGGGGUGGGCUCGGUGUCGUUCAGAGACUACGUUUAUGCCGUGGGCGGUUUCAACGGUCUGACGAGACUAAACACCAUGGAGCGUUGGACCAUCAACGCUCCGCAGUGGACGCCUUGCCCCAGCAUGUACAUCCACCGCAGUAACUUCGGCUCCAUGGUGCUGGACGAUAUGAUCUUCAUCAUUGGCGGGUUUAACGGCAUCACGACAAUCUUCAACGUGGAGUGCUUCGAUCCGGACAACGAAGAAUGGUAUGACGCCUGUGACAUGAACGUCUACCGUAGCGCUCUCAGCAUAGCCCUGAUUGAGGGCCUACCCAACGUCCGCCAGUUCACCUGGCCGCGUGACUGCGACCUACCUCCCCCGUCCGUGCCCCCCGACCAGUCUGACGCCCACCAGCCACCCCAUCAUCAGCACCGGGGAGUAGUGGCCGGCCAGCAGCAGAGACAGAACAACGAUGCUGCCGUGCAAGCGGUGCUGCCGGCCCCAGACCAGGCCGGUCAUGACGCGGUCGACCAACGCGUAGCUGAUGCGAUGCCUGAACUCAUGGAGCUCCCGGCGCCAGAAGAGAACGAGGCACUGGUGCAAGGAGACAUGGAAGAUGACGCCGGAGAUGACGGAGAAGAAGAAGAAGAAGAAGAUGACGACGAAGACGAAGACGAAGACGACGAUGACGAGGACAUCGAGGAUGAGGAGGAGGUCCAGUUUCCGGACAGACCGCCCAAUCACAGGCGGCCGCCGCGGGAGAGGCGACCUGCCAGGGUGUGAACCGACUGACAAGUUUAUGAAUAAUUCGUGAAGUGGGUGGGUUUGAAUAUGAAUGAGGUGGGAGGGCCUAUGACUGAUGAGCGGGGUUUUUUGUUCAAGUUUGGGAAGAAAAGCUUUACUUUGCAAGUGCUAUUGUCACGAUAAAGUAGUGCGUAAUGAUGUACGUGCAACUGCGUAUUUCGUAAGUCAUAACUUUGAACAUCGCGGCAUUUUCAACAGUGCAACUCCUUUCUUUAAUUUGUGGCCAUGCGCAAGGUAUCAGCAUAUUUUUAGGGGAUAAUGGGAGGUUUAUUGCACUGUGUGGACUGAUUGUGUUCGGCUAUUGAUAAUUAAUAGAGAGUGAGGGCCAAAUCAUAUUUUUAUUUUAUUUUUAGGUUUUAUAUUGAUUUAAAAUUCGAUUUUGAAAAACAUGGGAUACUAACAUAUGAUUGAAAAUUAACAAUUAUUCUGAUUUCUAUUCAUUUUAUUAGAAAUUCGGUUACUAUUGUAUAAGGUUUGUACAUAAUGUAGAUAAUGUAAAUAUUGUAAUUAUCCAAAUCAUGUACGUGUGUAAUUAAUCUCUUCUAAUGAUUGUUUUUCUAUGUCAUAUGUAUAUAAAGUCGCUUAUUUUUUAUUGCUCGAAAGCUGCAUAAUUUAUCAGGCUUACCGUCGCCCUUAAAUGAAUCUAAUGAAAUAUUUUACCUCCAUAACAUUUUGCAUAACAAAACAGGGACACCAAUGUAGCUUGGCAAUAAAAAUAUCAGUUAGAUUUUCAUCUUUUAAAACUGGGUCAUUGCGUGAAUUUAAAAGCUUAUAAAAAACGAACCUGCUUUAACAUCAGCUGAAAUGUAUUUCACUUGUUUUGCAAUUUAAGGGGAAAAUAAAUGGAUGAUAUUAUUAAAUUUGUGCUGAAGUUC